CGCGUGUAUAAAUACGCACCGAAACACAACUAGGGCAUACAGUAGCUCUCGAGCAGUCAACCGAAGUGCACGAUGAGAUUUCUGAUCGCCGCCGCCGUCCUCGCCUGCGCCGCAGCCGCCCCCAGCGGUCUGCUGGCAUACUCCGGUCUCGCCGGGCCCUACGCCCACGGCCUGGCGCCAUUGGCCCACGCCCCGGUGGCCCUAGCGCACGGCCCCGUCGCCGUUGCCCCGACCAUCCCACCCGGCGACAUCCAGGGCGCUGCCAUCGACGCCCACGUUGAAGUUUCCGACCACGUCCGCGCCUCCGCCGACGCCGCCCGGGAAUACCAUGACCAGGCCUCCGAAGUUCAAGGUCGCGCCAUCAACGCCGCUGAAGACCACGCCUGGCAGGCGGUAGACGCUGCCCAGACCGCUCAAGCCCAGAUCGACGGUGCCGCCGCCGGUGUCGCACCCAACGUUGCCCGUCAACUCGUCGGUCACUCCGCCCUUGUCCACGCCACUCCAUUGGUUCACUCCGCUCCCGUGGUCGCUGCUCCAGUUGUUGCUGGUCCCUUGGCUUACGGUCAUGGUUACGCCGGCGCCCGGUCUGUCGCCACUUCAUCCCUCUCCCAAACUCAUCCAGCUCCGUACGUACACGCUCCAGUGUACUCCCACGGAAUCCACGGACUCGCGCACGCAUGGUAACCUGUGAUAACUUUUUAGCCAAAAAAAAUACUCACUUCAGAUAUUUAUGUAAAUUUUGUACAAACAGGCGAGGAUGUGUGAAUAAAUGUAAUAGUGUA